ACCAUAGAUUAAAUUAGAGACAUAUAUUCUUGCGCAAUUUGUCCAACGAGGCCAGACAAACAAUCAGUUGACUAAGCUAAACACAAUACAACCAGGAAUUUACUUUGAGGAAGCUCCAGAAAGAAUUCCGAUAAUUGCAGCAGUUCCUCAAAGGCACAAUGAAGAUUUGGGUGCUCCUUCUGCUGGUAGCGGCGGCAGCCAGUGCCAAGCGGUUUAGCCGAUGCGAGCUCGCGAGAACGCUGAAAGCGGCUGGAAUGUCCGGCUUCAGUGGCGUCAGUCUGGCUAACUGGGUUUGUUUAGUCAAUGCGGAGUCCAGCUACAACACUCAGACCAUCAACAAAAACCCUGACGGCUCAUGGGACUACGGCAUUUUUCAGAUCAACAAUCGCUGGUGGUGUUCUAAUGGCCAGUUCCCCAGCCAUAACAUCUGUCGAAUCUCCUGCAGCCAGCUACUGACUGAUGACAUCUCCGCUGACAUACGCUGUGCCAAGACCAUAGUGCGUCAGCAGGGCAUCUCAGCGUGGGUGGGCUGGCGUAAACGUUGUAAGAACCAAGAUGUGAGAUCGUUCAUCGCAGGCUGUGGAGUUUAAACGAAGAUCACUGAAUGACGGACCACAGGCCGAAAUCAGGGCUUAAAGGAAAAUUUCAGAUUGAAAUGAGCUCGGGGGUUUGGACAAAGCUAUGGAGGGAAGGGGGGAGUUCACGAAAUGAUGAAAUUGAUUAACUGAAUAUGAACAUAUUUAUUAACAAAACUGGAACAAAUAAACAAUAACAACUUGUGCAGUAACGAACAAAUAGUGCAUGGUAAUUGUACCCAAGCGUAUCCAGUACACCUGUCCUUCAGACUCGUCAUUGCUGGUUCCUACGUUGUUGUCACAUGCCCAACAGAUCAGAGCAAUAAUACAAAAACAAAAAGAAUAGCAUAUUAAUUACUGUGCUUUCUCAAAGCCACAUGUAUUACUGAGCUGACAGUAAACUGAAGGAACCCCAUGUUUUGUAUUAAAAAGUACUUUAUUAAUACAACAUGAGUUUCAGACUGUAUAUAUAUAUAUAUAUAUACAUACUUUAUAUACAACUGUAUUAUUGCUACCCAACAGUUAAAAAUAUGAAAUAAUAUUUUCCAUAAACAUAUAACUGUAUACUGAGCCACAAGACGCCGUGCGUUACUGCAGUUUUAUCACAGGGAAGUGAUGUUGUUAGGCAUGACGCAAAGCAGAGUAGAAGAGCAUUCGGUGGCCCCUCAAUUUAUAUUACAGUCAUUCCACUGACUUUUGAACUUUUUAUCAUAAAAUAAUGAGCAUAUAACAACACAAACACUUUUUAUAAGUAGUUUUUGGUCAUCAACUCACCACCAUGAGUCUUUUUAAGCACCAGCCCAGCGCCGCCCCUCUUCUCACACUGGGACUGCAUCUCAAUCGGCUCCCUGCUCCCUACAUAGUGCACGAUGUAGGAGUUUAUACUGGGCAGAACACAGCUAAGAAACAGUCGUUUGCACCUUAGACAUGUCCACACUCGAUAAAUGAGGUAGUGUUUGGCUGUAGAGGCUAGAACUUCUACCCUUCUACCCUAGCUAGAACACUGAUAAGGGAGUACAGAGCCGUUUGGGAUUCAGCCUGGGUUUGACGCGACUUCUGACUGAAACACAGACAUUUGAAGCUCGUAAGACAUUCGGGUGAUGUUCUUUAGACUUUUAUAUUGCAGGUUUACAGUAAAUCAGACUGUAAGUGCUUUAAUUCAAGCCUGUGAUAUUAACGAUGGAGCUUUUAGCCUGUUAGCUAUCCGACCAGCCUGGUUCUAGUUAAGAACAUAAGUUGCCAGCCACUCACUUUAAACAGAACUGGGUUCUUGCUUCAUCAGUACGGCAUCGAGCAGCAUUAGAACCAAAGAUUAUUCCAUUAACAGCACAAGGAUCUUUGGUGAUGUGGAGCAGUAGGAGUUCAGUCACUGUGAGGCGUCAUGGGUGAGUUUAUAUCAGGUCAUUUACAACAGCUUCAAACGCAGCUCAGCCAAUCAGAUUUUAGAUGCAGAACUGUUUUGUAUUGGUGUGUCUGAAACUGAAGGCAUCGUUUUGGUGCUUUGCUGCCCGAGCUGUCUCGUAAGUCAGUGCCAUGACUGGGUACCUUCCUGCCUCAGAAUACCACCUGAGAAGGCAGCGCUUAUUACGUUUGACACAAUCAUAAUCUGUGCCAUCAUUUGAACAAUACUGUACUACUACUUAUUAUUAUUGUUAUUAUUAUUUUGCUAUAUUGUGCUUUAUUUAUUUUUUUAGAAAACAAUAAUACCUGACAAACUUAUAGUCCAGGAACUCAAACCACGUGAGACAGAACAUGAUGUCAUUUUUUAUUUGGAUAAACAUCCUCAUCUGCAAAUGUAUUAUGCAUUAUAUUAUCCAAGCUUUAGGAGGAAAAUGUGCAAAUGGGAAAUGAUUGUAAUGCUUUAAUGUCAGCGCUCUGUAUGUAUCUCAGCAUAAGAAAAGG